AUGAACACACCGCUGCAUUCUUCACAAACUAGCAAUGAGCUUUCCUUGACAUUACUAGACGAGUUUCUGGACUUGGUAGAGGCGCUUGAUGAUGCAAGAAUGGAUAGUGUUACUGGUGGAGAUGCAUCGAUUAUCGCGAAUGGUAUUUACAAAAUGUUAAAUUUAUACUAUAUCCCGUAUGCAAUAUGGAACUCUUUUGGACAACUCAUGCGUGCUGACUUGUUUGUUGAACAUUUAAGAAACCAAAUAGUUGUUUUAUUUAAACUGUGGGAAUUAUUCAAUGCAAAUUGGGCCGAAAAUGGUUUACAACAAAGCGCAUAUACUAAAUCCCUUUUAAAUGCAACCAAUACUAGAGAUCAGGCAGAUUUAUUUCUAGGUAGUUUAUUUUGCAUAGCAAACAGAGACUGCAUACUACCUUCUGUUUCACCUACACAACUUGCUUUGGAAAUCUCCGAGUUUUUACCUGAUCUGAUUUUUACAGCAAAAAAAGUGUUGAGUUGCAAAAUACAAAGCUUGGGCAAGGAGCAUGGAGAAAGAUUUGCUUUUGUAAUGGAAAGCACACGCAAAGUAGUACGCCAUACAUUACAGUUUUUGAUCAAUCUUAUUUUUACUAGAGUCAAAGGAGCACAUCAAUCCAAACUGCUUCAAGUAGUACAUUCCGAACUACUUGAUACCUAUUUUACGCUUCGCUCAAAGGCAGUUCAUAUGGUUGUAGCACAAACAAGUGGAGACGAUCAUUGCGUACAGCUUCCAUCAGCACAUAUAUACUAUACAACAUCAUUCGACAUCAAGCAAUCUCUCAAAGAAAUCCACACAAUACUCAUUUAUGGUGCGCUUGACAACACUGAAAUAUCAUUAAACUUUGCUCUCGGUGUUGAUUAUUUACUUGCAUUACUCCUCGAGCUUAACCCUGUGUCAGAUUCGACCAAAGAAUGCCAAGAAUUUAAAAAAUGGAUGCACCUUUCAUGUGAAAAUAAGAGCGAAGCAAACUUGCAAAAGUUUCUUGUUGUUGCAGAGUUUGUAUUUGAGUAUUACUUUAAACUGAUUACUCUUCAUAGAAAUCUUCCAACCUUGAUAUCAGAUGAUAAUCUGCGCAAAGGUGUUCAAACCAUGUGUCGACUAUCAGCAAGACUCUGCUUCCAAGCUGGAAACUUUUCUAACAGAGUUUCAUUAGAGUCCGAAAAUACGGUCUUGAAAAAUGUGGAGCGGACAAAGUAUACUGAUCAACUUCAAGCAAAAGUGGUGUAUCUUGCUCAACGGCAUACGCGAACAUGGCUUACUACAUGUUUAUCACGACCGAGCAUGUGGAUAUUUUUGACAGAUGCUAUUGAAAUGCUAUCCAGUAGUGAGCUACAUUUGGCUAUUAAGGAAUCCAAACAUCUCAGCAAGUCCACACAACACAAGCAUAUUGAUCAUCUGGAAAUGACGAUUGAAAACAAGUUGAAUCCAAACACGAAAUCUAAAGUCCGCUUACAUGAAUCUGUUUUAUCGACCCCAUCAGUUCUGUCAUCAUUUGGUUCAUUCAAUACACUUCCGCCCAUAGUUUCUGCAGAUAUUUUACAUUUAAAAUCAGCUCCAACUAAAACAACUCAUAUACACGCUCUAAAUGAUACACCACAAAAUACAACCGAUCAGCACGGAUUUAUACCAAGACCAAAAAUUUACUACGAAAAAAUAUUGAGUGAAAUUGUAUCACUAGUAAAACAUAUUUUGGGAACUCAUGUACUACCACAAAAACAAUCACUACGUCCAAAAUCUGCAAAUGUUUUUUGCAAAACAGCUACGCUCAUUGGUACAAACAAUGAAAUGAACAUACAAAGUGAUGUUGAUUUAUGCCAAUCAACAAAAAGCACAGCUCAUAUGAGUGAUACAGGCUUGAUUCAUUCACCAAAAUCAAUUGUAGUAGAGCUUGGUUGGUUUCUGGAAAAUGAUGUUUUGACAGUGUUGCCACGACUCCAAUCAAUCUUGGUGCGUGUACCAAAUGAGCUAGAAAGUGCAGCCCACUCAAUUCAGUCUCUUGUGUUUGCAUUGAUAUCUGCACGAUCAAGUCUACAUAUUUCACCAUCCUCUGCAAAAAUACCUGAUGUCAUAGUCCCAAAAAUUCAUUCAACUAGAUCUAUUGAAAUUCCAUUGCAUCCCAUUACAAAAGUGUCACGUCUUCAACCCAUCAUGCCAACUGUUGGGUCAUAUAUACACGUAGGAGUAUUGGAUAGAGAUGGGCUUACUAACCGUGCACGAAUUUCACCAGUGGUUGCAAAGCCUGCAUAUUCUGAAUAUAUGCAACGGUUUAUUCCUCAGCCUACACUUGGCAGUACAAUAAACUGA